CUCUGAGAGUGAUGACUCUACUGGCCUAAUUGUGACCAAGAUAAGACAUUGAGCUAGGAUGGGUAGAAGCUCCUGGCGUGCUCAAAGCUGUCGGACGUGUCUGGCAAGAAAGGUCAAGUGUGACAAGACCCGACCCAAAUGCACUCGGUGCCAAUCUUCGAAGUUGACUUGUGGAGGAUACUCACGGAUCAGCAGCAGCAGUGCUACGAUAGGUCACAGAACACAUACUACACACCCUGCACACCCUGCACAUCCUGCACAUCCUGCACAUCCUGCACAUCCUGCACAUCCUGCACAUCCUGCCUUCGAGUGCAGUCAGCAAUCAUUGGUCAUUUACCAGGAUCAAGUACAGCUGAUCGCUCACUUCCUCGACGACUACCUCCCCCGAAGACCCCGAAUGCAGUCACUUAUCAAUCACCCGUUAACUGGGCCGAGACCUUUUCUUCUUUCUUGGAGGCCCAGUCGCCCAUCGUUCACAGGUCGCUAGCUGCUUUAACCCUAACUCAUGUCGCCAACAGCCGACAUGACGAUACACUCACCCAGCGGAGUCGGCAGCAGUACGAGCUUGCGGUGCAGCAAAUAUGCGCCCUCAACGAGCUCAACCAGCCCACUGACCUCAUCCGCAGUGGCAUGAUCCUGGCCCUAUACGAGUCGUACACUUACCCGCCAGCGCAGAACAGUGGUGCAUGGCAGGUACAUGUGCAAGCGGCCUGUAAUAUUGUACGGCAGCUGGAAUCACCCACGACGGUGCUCAGCAAACAGGACGUGCGACGGCUCCGUACCGUCGAUUUCCUCCGCAUCUGCAUCAACGGACAAAUUACGCCAGCCCCAAGUCUUGACCCGCUUACGGUGGCCUCAUCAGACGUCUGUGACCAGCUUUUGGAUAUACUGUUUCAGAUUAUACAAACGUUAUCGGCUGUGCGACGGAAAACACUAUCGGGGGGGAUCGACCGGUACUCUGCUGACCGUCUGAUGCGAAAUGCAUUGUUCCACGAAGGACAAAUGCUCGAUUAGUACCGAGGGCUGGAGUUGGAGAACGAAGGCCCACCGUAUGUGUCUCGAGCAUCAGUCGUGGCGGCAAGAGCUUCUGCAUCUGGAGAUAUAUUGGCGUUCUCAAAUCCUUCGAUCAUACCGCUUGUGCUGCUGUAUUGGCUUGGUAUGGUAGCCGUCUAUGCGUCCCUAACCGAGAUUUUCCAGACGCUCAAGCGAUCCGGGCAGUUUGAAGCAUCGACCACCUUGCCACAGCGGCUGAAGAAGGCUGAGAAUCUGUGCCACUACUUUACUACUCGUAUCAACCAGUGCCACGCC